CGUUGGAAUCAGCUUAUGGGAAAACUAUGCCUCUGUCUGCAUAAAUAUGGAGCACGCUAUGGACCCGGACCCCAUCUCACGGAUAUCAAGUAUAGAAAAUGACCAGGUACACACACACAACACGCUCACACACGCUCACACACGCUCACACACACACACACACACCGACCGAAGGAAAACAGCUGGCUAGGUGGUUGGAUCGUGUGGAAGUGGCGCGUUGUGUGCCGUUUUACACAUGUGUGACCGAUUCGAAGAUGAGGCGAAAAAGCUGUCGUUACACGGCUCGGGAUGGAUUUUCGUUGUCUUUGAAAGACACUUGCACACACCAUCGGGACACAUGGGACGGAAGGACAAGGAAGAUAUGACGAUAGCACCACCACGAUGUCUUUGUCGGCCUUUCUCUCGCCAAAUGAUGCGCAAGAACUCCAGUCUAGCCUCGCGUCACUCCCGCUCCAUCAACCUUAUCCUGCACCAGCGGCAGGCUGUGAUCCCCAGUAGAACCGCAAGCUGCCAGGCGGGAUGUUGAGCCGCAGACAAUGCUCGGUAUGCACCCACGGCAUGGUAGUGCAAAAUGAAGGGCCUGCGAGGCUGGGGCACACCACAACGGACGAGAUGAGACGGGAGGCACAAAGGGGUAGGAAGGGGGUGACACAUCACGAGACCUGUCCAACGGCAUCUCUUCGCUUCACAGCUCGCCUGCAGCGACCGUACUACCAGCGAACAAUCCAGCUCCCCACUUGACGGACAUUUGACAACAGCACACCUGCCUUAUUGGUCGGCACUACAACGACGGGGGGUCACAGGUGGAGGACGUAGGCAUGUGGUAAUUGUGGCUGCUUACCAACGUCUGCAACCGUCGAACGAAGCUCGGCGAAGCGCAGCAGUGUCUAUGAGUAGGCCAUUGCGUUUUUCUUUUUCUUCUUGCCUUCAUCCUCUCUCUUUCCUUUUGAUUCUACGUAUGACCAAGACACGAGGGAGGCAACGGCCCAGGCUAAUAAUGGCCCGGAACGCGCGCAAGCGGUUAACAACAGUCAGGUGAGAAGUGACGAGAAAGGAGAGCGGGACCUAGUUUUCAAAGUGUCAUAUUGCUAUUGCGGCUUGCGUCCGGUUUGAGACAGAGACAUGUGGACGAGGCUGGUUCGUCGGUUCCGUUGUGGCCCUUUCACUUCAGUAGAUCUCAUUGGUCGCAGGUCGCUAGGGAAGUUAUUGAGGGAAAACAAGAGAGGCUGAAAGGUUGCACUUUGUCUCGGGCCCUCUCUACACCGCCGCUGAAGGGAGGGGGAACUGCUGGUGCGUGCAGGGCGCCAAGGAAGUGUUCUUUCUUGGACGCCCAAAAGGUCAAUGCGCAAGGAAUGCGCAUGAAGGAAGGAGGAAAAAGAACGAAAAAAGUCUAAAUGCAUGACACGGCGUUCAGUUUAUCAGCCGCUUGGG